AUAAAUMAUAUUUUUUGCUCCAUUAGGAUUUUUUACUAACUCCAAAUUACAGAGGGAAACGACAAAACUACGUMUAUAGGGAUUUAAUUUGACAUUUUACGGAGUUGUUUUGUCUUCGCGUCAUUGCUGGUGAAAAUGUAUGGGCGCGCUCCAAGAGUUACCUACCUCACYGUGGGCAGCACCACGUCCGAAGUUGGGCCAGGAUCAUACGAGGUCAUUCAAUAUAAAACCAAAAAAUCAGAUGGCUAUGCUCCGUUCCUCUCACUCUCCAACCGGCCCUCAAUGUUCCACAGGUCCAGCAAUGACAAAGCCUUGCCUGGACCGGGACAAUACAACAGCUCACAUAGCAAGGAUAACAUUCUGGGAGGACAAAGUCUAAAGAAUCGAUCAAAGCGGUUUGAUGAGGUGGUGUCAGAAGUCCCGGGCCCUGGAACGUACAACGUCCGGCAGGCAGCAGGAAACACACUGAGGGGAGCUGAGAGUGAGCCUCCGGGGAAGAGACGCACCAAGGUGUGGCUUCAGGGUGUUCCUACUCGCCUCAACUUCCUGCCACAGCCAGACAUUCCUUCCAUCCCAUCUCCUGGGCAGGCCUUUGGCUAUGAAGACAAUGGACAGGGAUUUCUUUGCAAGCAAAAGGCACCAGCAAAGGAUGAUACAUUAGGACCUGCUUUCUACAACCCAGUGGUGGCAGAAACCAGCUUCUCUCUGAAGUACAAAGGCGUCCAUUUUGGGAAGAUGACAGGGAAGCGAGGCGAGGUGAAGGGAGUAGAGGGCCCUGGACCAGGGCAAUAUGAUCCUGAAGAGUAUUCCACGACGGAGUACGAGAACGUCAAUGUGAGGAAGGGGCAGAAGAGUCGGGCCGAGCUGGUCGUCCCGCGCUACCACGAGAUUGUCACCUUGCAGGAGGAGAAGAAGGUAGCUCCUUAGGGGAUUGCCAGUCCAGGCCAGUACCACAUCAGGAGUCAGUUUGAGAAGCCGAGCAGGCCCGUACGGCAAUCUCCUGUCUUCAGCCCUCCUUUCCUCUCUCAGGCGCAGCGGUUCAGUCCUGUGAAGGAACUGGCUCCUCCUGUAGGUAUGUACAAUGACCCGCGCUGUGCUCUAGAGAUCCUCAAGAAGACCACUGGAAUGCAGAGAAAUCCCUUUGGCCUGACUGCUGUUCGGUUCCUUCCUGACAGCCGGAAACAGUCCACUCCAGGUCCUGGUGCCUAUAAUAUGUUUGAAUAUGGCCUGGCCCAGGACAGCAUGAAAAAGGCUUACCUAGAGAGUACCAGGAAGGGAGGCUUCGGUUCGACAGCCCAACGCAGUCUCGUGUUCCACAACAAUGACGAGGUCCCUGGGCCUGGCCAGUACAAGCAAAAGAGGUCAAACAUGAUUUAUUUUUUUGCAAGACGGUUCGACUGUGCUUUGUGUAAAAUGGAGAUCCGUGCGCUGCUGCAUAACACAGAAAAACAGGACACCCCUCCUCCCAGCUCCUACAACGUGCGGGAGUCUUUUGAGAAGACGUACGGCCGCGCCUCCUUCUCAGGACCCAGGAGCGAGGGGGGCAGGAAACGCCAGAGCUCAUUCCUGAGCGCAGCACCCAGACACUCCUCCUUCCUGAGCUGCGAUCCGGACUUCCCAGGUCCAGGUCAGUAUAGUCCUGACAUCAAGUCCAGUCCCCAGAUGGCUCUGAUCGUGUCCAGGGAGGAUCGCUUCAAAGGCCCCAAGAACACCAACCCCGGCCCAGGCACCUAUGAGCUCAGCCCAGCGAUCAUGGACACGGUUCUGAAGGGCACGUUCAACGUAACCCUCAACAACCCGCUGAGCAACCACUACCCUGCCCCUCACCUACUGAGUGCCAUGCCGCCGCCGCUCACCCACAGCAGUGUAUAGAGCAGGGUCAAAGGGAGCUUUUUUUGGAGGAAACCACAGACUGCCCUGAUGUUUCAGCAUUGGGAAAAACAAUUAAAAUAAAUAGAUGUUAAAC